UUUGGACUUCUGUCUUUUGGAUGGAGUUGAAUAAUAUACACUAUCAUAGAUCAGGAUGCCGAGGAAUCUAUCCUACCUGGUGACGACGGGACCGUAUUCUCCAAUGAACUCCUCCAGUAGUUCCCAGCCUACUUCUGCAAUUGACUGGGAGGUGCCAACUUUCACCAGGGCUGCCCAGUUCCGGGUGGGAGCCACCCUGGUGCUCUUCUUGUUUGCUGCUGUCAGCAACCUGGCUGUGGUGGUUAGCGUGGUCCGAGGGAGAGGCAGACGGCUGGCAGCCCAUCUGCGGCCGCUCAUCCUGAGCCUGGCAGUGGCGGACUUGAUGAUGACCUUCAUCGUGAUGCCUCUGGACAUGGUGUGGAAUGUGACAGUCCAGUGGUAUGCUGGAGACACCAUGUGCAAGUUGCUCUGCUUUCUCAAGCUCUUUGCCAUGCACUCUUCAGCCUUCAUCUUAGUGGUUAUCAGCCUGGACCGCCACCAUGCCAUCCUACACCCGCUGGACUCUUUUGACGCCAAUCGCCGGAACAAGAGGAUGCUACUACUGGCCUGGUCCCUCAGCCUGCUCCUGGCAUCCCCACAGCUCUUUAUUUUCCGGGUGAUCAAGGCCGAGGGUGUGGACUUCACCCAGUGUGUUACGCACGGCAGCUUCCAAGAGCACUGGCAAGAGACUGUCUACAACAUGUUCCAUUUCAUCACACUUUAUGUCUUCCCCCUGCUUGUCAUGAGCUGCUGCUACAUCCGCAUCCUUGUUGAGAUCAACCGCCAGAUUCACAAGAACAAAGAUGGAGAAUCCCACCUUAGGCGCAGUGGGACAGAUAUGAUCCCCAAAGCACGAAUGAAGACCUUGAAGAUGACCAUUGUAAUUGUUUUAUCGUUCGUGGUCUGCUGGACUCCCUACUACCUGCUGGGCAUCUGGUACUGGUUCCAGCCAAAGAUGCUCAAGCUGACCCCUGAGUAUGUGCAUCACCUGCUCUUUGUUUUUGGCAACCUUAACACGUGCUGCGAUCCUGUCAUCUAUGGGCUGUACACCCCAUCAUUUCGGGCUGAUCUGGCUGUUUGCUGGUGCUGUCAGCGGUGGGAUUCUUCUCCAAGGUCCCUGGAUCGCCUUUCAGCCCCCCACGGGCACCAUAGCGCUGGGGCAGAAUCUGAUGCCCCCAGCGUUGACCAGCAGAGAAGCACCUAAGAGUAGAACCCCAGAGCCAAUUAAGACCAACUGUCAUGGC